AUCUAGAUGUUAAUACGUUAGAUCCAGAAGUUAAUAUGUUAGAUCUAGAGGUUAAUACAUUAGAUCCAGAAGUUAUAUCCUUUUCAAUAGCAAUAAAAAUUAUGACUAAUAUUCUAUAUAAGCAUGAAGUAACAAAAAAAUUGUCAGCAUUUCAAACGUUUGAAGAAUUUUGUGCUUAUAUGGAAUCAGAAAAUAAAAAUUU